GAGCCCAUCAGCGGUUUCAUUAACAGGAGAUAACGCUUGAUUUUGCAGGAGUUUUGGUGUUAGUUUAGUUGUGUUUUUCGGACGGUUUGGAGGAGAUGGCGGCCGUCCUGCUUCAGGCUCUGGAGCGGACGGAGUUGAACAAACUCCCCAAAGGCGUCCAGAACAAACUGGAGAAGUUUGUGUCGGAGCUGCAGAAUGCUAACGAGGCGCUGAGGACGGAGCGCGAGCGGUUCAACGCCGACUGUGAACAACAGUAUUUUGAGUUUGAGAAGCGACUCGCGGAGAGUCAGGAACAGAUCCUGUCAGCCACCAAAGACCUGCAGACGGUUAAGGAGGAAAACAAAAGACUCAAUGAGGAACUGAGCGCUCUGAAGGGAAUCGAAGGAGAGACUUCUGAAGAAAAAACACCACAGCAGCAGACAAAAACCAAGUAUGAGAUUGAGGCAGAGAGGAGAGAGCUGGCGAGGCUGUUGGAGAACAGAACGCAGGAGGUGGAGAACCUGACGGAGGAUGUGAAGCGUCUUAAUGAGAAGCUGACAGAGACCAACAAGGUCAAGAUGGAGCUGCAGUUAAAACUGGAUGAUAUUCAAUCAUCAGAGGCUUCUGUUCAGCAUCGGGAGAAGCGCAUGGAGCAGGAGAAGGAGUUAUUGGAAAAGAAAAUAGAGUGGUUAUCUACAGAACUGAAGACCAAGACUGAAGAACUUCUUAACACCAACAGAGAUAAAGGCAAAGAGAUACUGGAGCUUCAGGGAAGUCUGAAGAACAGCAAAGAGCAGGUGAACAGAUUGGAAAGUCAGCUCACGUCUCUAAAGGUAACCAGUGAAAAUCAGAGUAAGAGAGCUGAAGACCUCAACAACAAACUAAAACAGGCUAAAGAUGAGCGCAGUGCCAUGGAGGAGAAAUACCGCAAUGAGCUCAAUGCUCAUGUCAAAUUGUCUUCACUCUACAAGGGGGCAGCAACAGACAUGGAGACCAAAAACCAAGAGCUGAGCAGAGCUGUGGAGGAGCUCAGUAAACUGGUCAAAGACACUGGAGAAGCUAAUAAGGUCCUAGAGAAGAAGGUUUCUGAAGGGGAAGAAUUAAAGGCACGACUUGAAGCUGAGCUGAGAGAGAAGAUCAAAAAAAUGGAAAAAGAGCUUGAAAAUGCUACAAUGAAGGCUUCUGGCAAACACUGCUGUGCUCCUUCCCUGACCGAGGAGCAGUUGGACUCGAUGUGUCCGUCAGCAGCUGCCAUCGCUGCUAUAGUCAAGCCUGGCAUGAAGUUCUUUGACCUGUAUAAUGCAUAUGCAGAGUGUCAGACUCAGCUUCAGCUUGAGAAGCAGGAGACAAAGAGAGUCAGCAGGGUGUUGGAUGAAAUCGUCCAGGAAGUCGAGUCCAAAGCACCUGUUCUCAAACGCCAGAGAGAGGAGUACGAGGGCAUGCAGCGGUCCAUGGCCUCUCUGUGCAACAAACUGGAACAAGCUCGAACGGAGAUUUACAGUCUGCAGAAAGAAAAGGAGGAGGUCAAGCAGCGCUGUGAAGGCUUGGAGAGGGAUAAACUUAGGACAGAGAGGCAGCUGGAGGACACAUCUGCACAGAUUUGUGCUCUUCUGGUGGAGAUAGAGGAAGGCAGGGGUAACCGGGUGACCAAGGACGACGGCAGCUCUGCCGACAUUUCCAGCACCACUGAGGUCACCCACCCACGCCAGCUGUCCUUCCGCAGUGUAGAGGAGCUCCAGAGGCAGAACCAAAGCCUGCUGGGAAGGCUGAGGGAGUUGGAGGAGGAGAAGAACAAACAGCAGAGCCAAGUUACAUCAGCACGUGUUUCAGAGCUGGAGACGACUGUGGAUAAACUCCAGAAGGAGAUGGAGCAGUUCAGAGAACAAAGGAACCAGCAGAAACAGUUGGCUGACUCCAACGCCAGGCAGAGAGACAUGUACAAGGCUCUGCUGACACAGAGCACCGGCUUCAGCCUGCCUCCCCAAGGUCCAGACUUCCAUCCUGCACCUGGUCGUCCCUCUGUCCCAACUACUCGUUCUACUCCUCAAAGAGCUGCUGCUGCAGAGUCAGCGCAGACGGCUCAGGCUAAAGCUGCCUUGAAACAGCUCAACGAUGCCUUUACGCUGUAUAAGAAGGAGAAGGCAGAAAAUGAUCGGAUGCUGAACGACACAAAUGACAGACUGCAGAAGCAGCUGACUGAACUCCGCUCCAGCAAUGCCAAACUUACCUCUCAACUGGAGUUCAGUAACAAAAGGUAUGAGAUGCUCCAGGAGAACGUAUCAGCGUACCGGAGAGAGAUCUCUGCUCUACAGGACAGGAGCCAAAAAAUGUCUGCGACGGCCCAAAGACAUGAACACAUCAUCCACACAAUGAGCCAGGACCUGCGUCGGUCAAAUGAAAAACUGGCGCUGGAGGAGGUUCGAGUAGAAAACUUAACAAAGGAGAGAGACAUGUUGAGACAAGCAGAGAGUCGACUCAAUCGAGAGAAGGAGGCCAUGCUGGCUGAGCAACGGAACCAGAACCUCCUACUCACCAACCUGAAGACUAUACAGCUAACCAUGGAGCGAACAGAGACAGGUGCACGCCAGCGACUUAACAAUAAGAUAGAGCAUCUGGAGAAAGAACUGGCUACUAUGAAGACCAGGCUGGACCAGGAAGUGGGACAAAGACAUGCGCUUGGACGCUCUAUGGAUGCCCAGCUGUUAGAAGCAAAGAGACAGCUGGAGACACAGAACACCUUGUUGCAGAAGACCAGAGAGUUGCUGCGUACUUCUGAGCAGCAGGUGGCAUCACUCAGAAGCCAACUGGCUUCAGCGUCUGAUGGUUCCAGUACUCCAGCCUCCAGCAACACAAGCACACCAGCAACAAGGGCUGCAGGCCUCAGAGCACCAGUUAAAGUUCGGUCUCCCGUGCCUCCUGCCACCCAGCAGUCCAGCCAAUCAGAACAUGAACUUGCAGAAGUGAGAGGUCUUCUGCGCACUGCAGAGGAAAAGAACAGUGAACUAUCAGAGCAGCUACAAAACGCUAAUACCUCUGUAGAGCAGUACAGAUCAGUGGUACUCACUCUGGAGGACAGUCUAAAGAAAGAGAAGGAGUCACGUACCCCUCUGGAGAUGCGGCUCAAAGAGUUGGAAGAGGUGCAAAAGCAGCUGGAGCAGAGGAUUGUAGAGGCAGAGAAGAUGAAAGAGCAGCAGCAAGAAGAGCGGAGGAAGGCUGUGGAUGCAGUGGAGAAACAAGUUGCUGAGCUGCAGCGAAGUCUGAAGGCCAGUCAAGUGGAGCAGCAGGAAGCACUGGAGAGAGCUGCAUCUGCUGUUACACUGGAACAGAAAGCUAUACAGGACAGCCUCCUGCAGACUAAGCUCGCAGGAGAAGCACAGUCGAAGUAUGAGCGGGAGCUAAUGCUUCAUGCUGCAGAUGUCGAGGCCCUGCAAGAGCUGAAGAAAAAAUUCCAACAAGAAUCGACACGGAAGAGGGAGCUCGACGAGCAACUAAACAAGACGACCUCCCUCCUUCAGGAGAAAACUGUCGCCUGGAAUACAACAGAGAAGCAGCUCAAGGAGGAUCUAAAUAAUAAGAAUCGUCGCUGUGAGGAUCUGGUGAAGCAGAAUGCACUCCUGCACCAACAGAUGGAUGAAAUGGCCACAAAGAGUCGCGAACAACGACAGCAGCCCCAGCAACAACAGCUUGACUUGUCAUUCAGCGAGGAAGGGAAGACCACUGAACAGAUACUAGAAAUCCUCAGGUACGUGAGGCGUGAGAAGGAGAUUGCUGUUACUCAGUAUGAGGCUUCUGAGGGAGAAGCUCUUCGUUAUAAACAGCGAGUGGAACACCAAGACAGAGAGCUCAAAGAGCUGCAGGAAACUCUGAAUGCUGAGAGGGAAAAGAUGCAGACUAUCAUGAAGUCACUGGCCCAGCAAGAGGAACAGCUGAAGAAAAUGGAGAGUAUCAGAACUCUUCAAGAAACGAACAGAACACUCAAAAUGGACAGAGAGAAACUGGAGCAGGAGUUGCACCAAGCCCAGGUUAAGGUGAAAAAGCUGCAGUCAGACAUCAGCCCACUGCAUCACUCUUUAUCUCAACUGUCAGAGAAAAAUGGCUCCCUACAGGCUGACAAGAGGUUAAUGGAGGACGACCUCAAACGCUGGAAGGCCAAGGCACAGCAACUGAUGAACCAGCAGAAGGAUGGAGAUGUUGAGGAGAGACAGAAACUCACCACAGAGAGAGAAGCUCAACAGAAACGCAUCGCACAACUAGCUGAAGAAACAGCCAAGUUAAAGACUGAACUGGCCAGAUCCAAUGCCAGUAGCAACUCAGCGCAGUCUCAGCUUCAGGGCCUGAGAGAUUCCGUGGCCCGACUAACUUCAGAGAGGGACACUCUUAAGAAAGACCUGGAAACCAAAAACAAUGACAUUCUUGAGAAGAACAAGACCAUCACUCAGGUGAAAAAGAUUGGACGGCGCUACAAGACCCAGUUUGAGGAGCUCAAAGCCCAGCAUGACAAGUUGGUUGAAGAAACAUCAGCUAAAACACAAAGUGAAGCAAGUUCGAGUCAAGAGGCCCAGCAGCAGCUGAAUAAAGCCGAAGAGGAGAUGAACAAGACAAAAGAGGAGCUGAACACCCUCAAAGAAGAGAUGCAGAAAAAACAGGAUGAAGCUCAGAAGUCUAAGCAGGAACUGGAGGAGGCCCAGAAGGAAAACCAACAGAAUAAAGAAAAGUCCCAGGAGCUUCAAAACCAGCUGGUACAGAAUCAAAACCAACUGACACAGGUGCAGUCUCAGCUAUCCCAGACUCAGACUCAUCUCCAGCAGAUUCAGAAUCAGCUGACCCAGAGUCAGAAGGAGCUUCAACAAGCUAAGACCCACAGUCAACAGUUGCAGAAUCAGUUAAAAUCGGCACAGUCUCAAGCUCAGGCCCGUCAGAACCAGAUCCAGCAAAUCCAGAGGGAGCUGCAGCAGUCCAAAGAAGCCCUCCAGCAGAACCUCUCUAGUCAGAAAGAACUGCAGCAGACGCACCAAACCAGCCAGCAGAGCCACAACCAGGAAGUCAGCAACUUAAAGGCUGCACUGUGCCAAGCGGAGACCAAGGUGACAGAGCUUCAAGGCCAACUGGAUAACUUGCAGACGACGGUUGGUGAGCGUGAUUCAGAUAUCAAGCGCCUACAGGAGCAGCUGACUGAAGCCAGACAAACCAAUGAAGCAAACCAAGCUACUCAGGCAAACCAGAGUUCCCAGUCGAGUGAUGCUGGUGGAGAUGCUAAUCCAGCUGUGCAAGAGGAGCUGUCAAAACUUAGACAAGAGUUAUCUGAGAGUAAGAACAGAGAGGAGCAGCUCAGACAGCAGAUGGCCGACAAAGAAGAAAAGACAAAGAAGGCCUUCCUUGGAGCCAAGACCAAAAUCAACCAACUAAAUAAUGCCAAGGAGCAGCUCAGCCAGGAGGUUGAAGAGCUGAAACAGACUAAAGAGGAACUGGAAGUGAGAAUGAAUGCCAUCAAGUCUCAGUAUGAAGGACGCAUGCUUCGACUGGAUAGAGAACUGAGGGAACUGAGAGAGACGCAAACAAACACUGACUCCAGAGAAGAACCCCAGGACCAGAGCGGCUCAAAGGUGGGCGAUCAAGCCAGAUCUGCAGACCAGAGGCAGAUAUCUCUGAAGAGUCCUGCCCAGGACAGAGGAAGUUCCAGCCUGUCUGAACCUCCCACUGCCAACAUCAGGCCUACCCCAAGUACACCGUCACCGAGCAACAAACCAAGCCCUUCCACUGGUAGUAAGGCCACACCCCGCGCUAGCAUCCGGCCUAUGGUUACCCCAGCAACUGUCCCCAUACCAACACCCACGGCCACUGUCAUGCCAACCACACAGACUGACAGCCAAGAGGUGCUGAUCAGCGCAGGAGCCUCUGUACAUUCAACGAGCUCCAGCCUGGUCAACACCCCCACCCCCAUCACCCAGCCUACCAGCACCCAGACCACAGCAUUUGUCCAGCCCACCCAGCAGCAAGCAGCCAAUCAGGAUGCAGGGCUCAGUGUGGAGGCAGAGCGUCCGUCUACAUCAUCUGCUCUGCUUGGAACAGCAGCUUCAAAGCGAAGCAGAGAUGAUGAAGAGGAGGAAGAGGAAGGCAGACCAGAGAGUUCACACACUCCCCCAAACACCAAAAAACUACGGCUAAGGCCAGUGAUAGGACUGCAGGUGGAGGGAGAUGAGGAGAUGGAAGGGGAGCUACAGGAUGAUGGUGAACGCCAGGAUUCACCAGACGACAGUCAGGAGCUCCCAGAGGAAGGUUUUCAAGCCUUGGCUGAAGAUGACGACAUCGAUGAUGAAGGCGUGUCCCAAUCCGUCCCCUCUGAUCAGAUGUCCUCUCAGGGCUCCUGUCUGGUACGAGAUGUCAUUGUGAUUGACACCGACAGCGAGAGCCGUGAGAGCAAAGAGGAGGAGAAGCAGCAGCAGGAGGAGGAGGGAGAAGAAGAUGAGGAGGAGGAGGAGGAAGAGGAGGAGGAAGAAGAAGAAGAGGAGUAUAAGGAGGAAGAGGAUGAUGAUGAAGAUGAGGAUGAUGCUGGCGAUAGCAGAAUGACAGGAGGAGAGGGGAGUAAUGAAGAGAGCCAAGAUGUUGAAGAAGAGGGAGAGGAGGAGCCAACAGAAGGCACCAACUCUGAAGAGAAUGUGUGUGGACCUUCAUCAGAUCAACCAUCUGAGCCGACCCAAAGCAGUGAUGGCAGUAGUGGUGCAGCAUCAGAGGCUGAGCCCCCCAGAGACUCUGUCCACCUCCCCCCAAUCUCCACCCCCUCACCCAGCUCCUCAUCCCUCACACCUCGUCUGCCCCACCCCCGUAGGCCCCCUCACUCUGUCCCACCACGACUCUACAUCCAACCCCCUGCACCAGAGCUGGGACCCCCACACACACAGAGACAGUCCUCUCAGCUUCGUAGACAAUCAGUAGGCCGUGGACUUCAGCUCACCCCAGGAAUCGGAAGUACACAGCAGCAUUUCUUUGACGAUGACGACAGAAUGGUUCCCAGUACUCCUACUCUAGUCGUACCACACCGGACUGACGGGUUCGCUGAGGCUAUACAUUCUCCCCAGGUAGCAGGUCUGUCAACCAGGUUCAGAUUUGGUCCUCCAGAAGACCUGCUGCCUCAGUCCUCAGGCUCACACUCAGACCUGGGACAGCUGGCUUCCCAAGGAGGUCUGGGUAUGUACGAGUCUCCUCUGUUCUUGGCUGCUCAUGAUGAGGAUGGAGGAGGAAGGAGUGUCCCGACCACUCCUUUACAGGUGGCAGCACCAGUGACGGUCUUCACAGAGUCCCUGCCAUCAGACAGUGGUGACAACUUGGCCUCUCAGUCUGUUCCCAUGGUAACUGCAUCCACGGGGAUGGCUGCCACAGCUGAUGAUGGAGAUGAGGUCUUCAUGGAACAGGAAGGAGAAGGCUCUGGCAUUGAGUCUUCUCUGGACAGUCAGACAGAAAUGGAUUCAGGACAUCAGAGUGAAGACGCAGGUCUGCCUUCUACCAGCCAAGACCCUGAUACCAGUAGUGUUACUCAGCGCCGCUUUAUGACCAGUCAGCAUGGGUUCAGCUCUCUGUCAGCCAGAGGAGGAAGAGGACGAGGCGAAGGCAGGAUGCCAAUCAGUCGCAGAGGAACUUUCUCUCGUGGAGGAAGAGGAGGAGCCAUGGGCCGAGGGGGAGUGGCUUAAUGAAGAUCAAGGAAAGACAAAGCUCUGAUCCAGCAUUUCAUUUGCAUCAUCUAUAGACAGUUUAUCAAUCAAUCUGCUGACCAAUAAUCACACUGUUACAGGACGUAUGAGAGCUUUGUGUGUGUGCUCUUUCCCCUGUGAGCUGUUAGAUGUUUUCUAAUUCUUUUUUUUUUUUUUUUUUUUUUUUUUGACAUUUAUUCAUGAAGCCAGUUCUAGUUUUGUAAUUUUGUGGGUGUCUUUUUAUUUUGCUCUGUCACUGGACAAUUAAUACUUUUGUUUUAAUAAUAAAGUAAAAUAAUAAAAA